UCUAUGAAAUGGAACAUAUCAAAUGUAUUUGACUAAUAGGGACACUGUGUGGUUUGCAUGCUGCUUAUGUUUGCCAUUGUCUGUCGUCUCGCCCUUCGGAACAAGGAGGGCUCAAAGUACUGUCUAAUGUGUCAUCACUUCUGAUCUGAGCGCUCUCAUCUUGGUGGGGGAUCAUUAUGUGAGGGAGAGUGUUAACAGUUGAGUGUUGUAGAAGAACUCUAAGCACCUGCAUGCUUGCUUACCAAUACUGAGAUGGAACUGAAAUGUGCUGUGACUUUUUGAACGAUUCUCACAUUUUGUAAGAAAUUAAAUAGCAAACCUGUUACCGAUUUCUAGAUGUAGUGACAUUAGCAAUCAUCUAGUCUGUAUUAAUUGUUACACUUCCCAGCCAAGCUCAAAUAGAGCAAAUAUAUUCUACUUGUGUAUAUAUAAUACCAGCAUAUUUUAGUACUUCUCCUGUAGUUUUGUAAUUUAAAUACGAUUGGAUUAGGUGUAUUUGCAACUAUGGUUGCCUUGACAUCAAUUCUAGCUGCAGUUCACAAAUAAAUUCUGCUUCGAAGAUGAUCCCUGACAAACAAGCUUGGAAACUCUGGAUAUAAGGUUAGUCUUAAGAACAGAAAGCCUCUCCUGCAAAAGAGUUAUCCCUUGCCUUUCAAAGCUGAAGUAAUAUAGGCAUUUGUGUACUUUGGUAGAGGGUUAGAAACUUAAUUUUUAUGUACAGUGUUUGAAAGUCUGGAUGUGAAUUUCUGCCAUACCACCUCAUGGUAUAUAUCAGACAUGCAAGAAAAGGACUAAAGUUUUGACUGAAAUAAGAGCCCUUAGCUUGGGUGUCUUAAGUGCCUCAGUAUCUUAAGUGGAAAAGGCAGGAUGAUGGGGGAAGAGAUUAUUAUCCAUGUUUCAGAGAACAGGAGAAUUAACUUGGCCUAGGUCACUCAGUAAAUCUGUAGCUGAGCUGGGAAUCAAACCUACAUCCCCUGGCAUCCAGUGCAGGGGUUUUAGCUAAGUUUUAGCUUUAAGAUUACUUGAAAUAGCAAAGAUCCCUUUAAAAAAGGGGAGAAAGCUACAGUUUAGUUAAUUUUAAACAUUGUUUUUAAAUAUUAUUGGUAAACAUUUAAAAUGAAAGUUAGAACUGACAUGUAAAAUUGAUCUCUCUGGAGGCUGAGAGAAAAAUAAAAGUAGAUUAGACAUUCAGCAGUGAAUUUUCCAUAGAGCAGUCAAGAAUUAGGAAAUAUUUUAGGACAUUAGAAAUGUUAACUCUAUUUUUAGAUUCCUUUAUUGAUAACUGUGGGGUUUUUUUUCCUUCCAUAUUAAUGCAUAGGGUAGGGAUUACAACUAAUUAAAUCUUUGCAGGAGUGUUUUUCUUCAGUUCAUGAAUCCAUGCCUGUCAGGCAUGACAGUAUAACGUAUGGAUUAUAAAUAUCUUAACCUGGACAAUACUUAGGUUAUACUGCCCAAAAGCAAGUGAGCUGCUUAACAUGCUGUGUGUCAGUCCAACCUUGCAAACUCGAAUACUGGUAUGACAAACCAAGGCAAGAUGAGCUGUAGCAGUGUAGUUGGGUAAAGGCUUGGUUUAAUUAAGUUUCCAAAUUGUGAUUCCAAUUGCUACUAUAGGCAGGUAUUGUGAAAGAGGCAAAUCUUUACCAGAAGAUUUAAAUAGAUAAGGCACAUUUGACGAGACUUCUGCACAGCAGCAAGAUUGAACAGUAUUUAAAUUAUUGCGUGCCUUAAUCUGUGUCUGAUCAGACCUGCUGGGAGCGUCACUGAAAUGAGAUGUACUUGUCAGCUGCGUCUUCAAAUAAUGUACAUGCAUACAAAAUUUUGUCAUGAGUGGAGGAGGCAGGCUGCGUAAUGCUGGGGACCAAAGCCUUCCUGCUGGAACGAGCCACUAGAGGUGCACCUUGGAGGGAGGCAUUGGAAAACAGCUCUGGGAGGUGUUGCGAAGCAGGGUCAGGGCUGGGCUCCAUCCCUGGGAUGAUGGAGACUCUGUAGUCCUUCCCUGCAUGCUUCCCUCAACGGACAGAUGUUCUGGUCGUGCAGCAGCCUCUGUACCGGCAGAGCCUUGCUGUGCAUUGGAGCUGAUGGAAAACCACCUGCAAUUUCCGAUCUACAGUGUGAUCUGCAGCCUAGGUACUUGACCUCAGAGCACACUGCUUUGUACACUAUCUUUUAAAAACUUUAAGCUUUGGCAAGUAGAUGGUUUUGAUGGGUAGCAACUUUCCUGAGCUUGCUUAUUAAUGAAUGCUCUUGUAUUGAAAUUAGAAUUGAGAAAUUUAAAAAACUAACUGCUGUAGCAUGUUUUCUGCUUCUACUGGGACUAGACAAAAUGGAGUUUUCAAGCCAAGAUAGUUAGAUUAUUCCUUCCUGCACCUUUAAUUUUCUUUUACCAUUUUGUUGCAAGGUUUGGCACAGGCCAGUCAGUACAUAGGAUUAAAAUCUUGUUAACAGUGGUAAAUUGAUAUGCCAGCCAUAUACAUCUGUUGUUCACAUCUCACAAAAUCUUAAGUUUCUUAGAAGGCUUACAGUGUUCCUGCUACUCUUUAGAGGUGCUAACAAAAGCUACGAAACAAGUCAUCAUUUUGAAAGGUGUAUUGUCACCAUAGAAGAAAACAGGUGUCAAAGCUUGUGCCAGUCCAGAACUAUUGAUGAGAGGGAUGGUAUUGUUGUUAUGCUGCAGACUUGAGGCUCAAGUACACUUUAGCUGACUGGACACUAACAUGGGUAUUAACAGUUAACUUGAUCUUUGAAUGGACCAUGUAAACUAGUCCAGCAAACUCUCUUAGGCUGCUCUAGUUGGGAUGCAGUCUGCUCUUGACAUAUAGCCCUGGACAGUAUCUGAAGAAAAAUCUUCUGGUUAGAUUUUUGUAACAUUUGCUUAGCUUUACAAAGUAAACUUUUUAUAACACAGUAACUGAAGUGUGGUAAAAGACUACUUUUGAUGUAUUUCAUAGAUCCUGCCUAAUAAAUCUUAGUGAAACAGGGCAUUGAAAUUCCUGUGUAUCAGAAUACCAGAUACUUCUGUGGGAAUGAAUCUUUUCUGCUAUACAGAGCUCCUCUUAAGGAGGAACUUAGCAUCCAUGUGUUCACAGCUCACUCGUGCAUGCCUUAAAUAGGGAGCCCCUCUGUGUCCCUGGGGAGGCAGAAGCCAUCAGCUUUGAAGCACUGGUGACAGACGCAAACCUGGAGAGCACAAAGUAUGGGAUGAUGGCACUGCUGGCACAGGACAGCCAAGAGCCCCUCUAAGGGGGCAGUGAGGACAAGGCAAGCCAGAGAACUCUGUUCUGACUGACCUUGCCUGUCAUUUAGUACCUGAAGGGGCAUAAUUCAUUGUUAAAACAUUCGGAAGAUGAGACUUCUAGGCAUGACUUGAAAAGGAGGUUGUACCCUCUUUGCUGUGUUGGAAUAUAGAAAAGGUUUUUAAAUAACAGUUGUUUCAUUUUAGUAGUGUCUAGUGCAGUCUGUUGUUCAAGGUUUUGCUGCUUCCUGUCCUCUUAGAAGGUGAUUUAUCUAGACAGUAGAGAUGCUAAAGACCUCUCUACUUCUCUAUGCAGGACAGUGUGGAUGAGUUUAAGUUUCUGAAUGAGCUACGUUUGCAGUUACUCCCUGCUGUUUGUUAUGAGUUAUCUGACUUGUUACAAUCUUUCAGAUUCUUUAGUCUUUCUUAAAAUUGAAAAUAAAUAUCUUAAUAAGAUAAGCCUGGGAGGCUUACUGUCCAAAAGCAAAGUCGACCCUUUUAUUUAUUCUGUGCCAUCUUUCAAUUCAACCAUCUUUCUUUCAAGAACUAACCUCUUGGAUAGCUACAGUAAGGAGAUAUUCUUAAGAAGAAUGCUUUUGCAGGUAGAUAAUUUUUAAUUAAGACCGAAAACUUGCAUCUGUCCUCUUUUAGCAUAAAUAGGUCAAUCCACCACUACUGCAGCUGCUUCUCUAAGUUAGAAAAAACUUUUGAAUCGCCCUGUGCAAAGCUUUAGCUCGGACUUUCUGCGGACGGAACUGCGGGUGGGCGUUUCUUGCCGUUUGUCACAGCUCCUCCAGCCCUCCCUCCCCCGGAGGCAGCCCGGUUGCAGGUGCUGGCACCGAGCGUACCCACCCCACCGCUGUGCCGGUGGCCCGGCUGCGGCCCGGCCGAGGGGCGGCUGGGGAGAUGAAGGGGGCGCUGGGGCCCCUGCUCCUCUCGGCCCUGCCCCACACCCUCUCUAGGGGGGCCAGCCCCGGGGACAGGUUCCCUCCGGGCUCUCCGGAGAAGGGAGAGGUUUGCCAUGGCACCGCUCCGGUCCCCGCGUGAAACGCGUGCGGGGGCUCCCACGGGGGAACUCACCGCCAGCAUCGGAAACGCACCCGGAGCUGCCGGGAGGGACACCCUGCAACUGAAGGUCAGGAAUGACCAGGAAGGUUACGGUACCAGCCGGUGCUAGAAACAUUUGCUGGACGCCUGAUUAAAAUAGGAGUUUUAGCAAGGCGGGAUAUUCCCAAGCUUACAAAGUACCAGAUAAUUCUAGCAAGAGAUCAAUAUAGAAAAAACCCUUCCUCACAAAAUGUGGGAAUACAUCAAGGCAUAAUUGAAGGAGAUUUUGCACUUUGUAUCAGUUUAUAUCAUGGUUAUGAGCUGCUGCUGCAAAUGGGAGUACGGUCAUUAUUUAUCUACCUUUUUGGAAUUAUGGAUGGAUCAAAAGGGUUAACCCGUACGAAGAAUGAACUUGGUCGUAAUGAGGAUUUCAUGAAGCUAUAUCAGCAGCUUAGAGACAUGUUUUCAGACACAUCUCUGGCUUCAGCGAAUGAAAAUGUUUACAAGAGUGAAACAGUGUUUGAAAAUAAAAAGAAAUUCAUCUACAGCCAUCCAAAAUUAAAGAAAUUGGAGGAAAUUGUAAUAGAACACUUCAAAUCCUGGAAAAAGGGAUGUUCUAAAACAGAUCAAGUCACAACUGAAAGCACAUCUGUGGACACUGUGGAUACCAGAGUGAUGAUCUUCUCAUCAUUUCGGGAUAGCGUGCAAGAAAUUGCAGAAAUGCUUUCCCGGCUCAGUCCAGUUGUUAGAGUAAUGACGUUUGUUGGCCACUCCACUGGAAAGAGCACAAAAGGCUUCACGCAAAAGGAACAACUUGAGGUGGUAAAACGCUUUCGUGAAGGUGGGUAUAACACUCUGGUCUCUACCUGUGUCGGGGAAGAAGGCUUAGACAUCGGAGAAGUCGAUCUCAUCAUCUGCUUUGACGCUCAGAAAAGUCCAAUUCGCCUUGUGCAGAGGAUGGGCCGAACGGGGCGCAGGCGGCAGGGCAGGAUCGUUGUCAUCCUCGCCGAAGGGCGGGAGGAACGGACUUACAAUCAAAGCCAGUCUAACAAAAGGAGCAUCCACAAAGCUAUUUCAGGAAACAAAAUGCUUCGUUUUUACCAGCAUAGCCCACGUAUGGUUCCAGAAGGCAUAAAUCCGAAGUUGCAUAAAAUGUUUAUUACUGCUGAAAAAUACGAACCAAGUAAUUCAAGAAUGCUUUCCAAAGAGAGAAGAUCUAGUUCCCUCCAGCAUAAAUCUGCUCUCUUUUCCUGUGUCACUGGCCAAAAGCAAAUACGCUGUCAUGAGAACUGGUCUCUGUCGCCUGAGGAGUUUGAAAUAUGGGACAGACUUUACAGGAUUAAGAAAAGUGAUGGAGUAAAGGAACCGAUAUUGCCUCAAAUUCAGUUUGAAACCUUAGAAAACCUGGAAGAAAUAUCAAAGCAUGAGGAGGAGGCAACUCACGAGCUUUCCUUGUCUGAAUGGAGAAUUUGGCAGAAUCGUCCUUUUCCUACAUCUGUGGUUGAUCACUCAGAUCGUUGUUACCAUUUUAUCAGUGUUAUGGAAAUGAUAGAACUGAUGAGGCAUGAACAGGGAGAUUGCAGCUAUGAACUGGAGGUUCAUCCUCACUUACAUACUGAAGACGUUAAUAUUCAAAGGAAUAAAAGUCAUCUUUCCAUGACCAACUCCACAUUUAAUCAGAAAGCCUGCUCAUCUAGAAAAGAUAUGGCACACAGAGCAAAAGUAAAACCAUUUUUACCUGAUACAAAUGAUAAUGGGAGUGAAUUCUUUUCCACAUUUAAAAUAACAAAAACAAAGACUCCCAAAAGAAAUUCCAGAUUAAAUGUUGAAGUGCCUGAGUUGCCUACAGAUAGUAAUACUUCGGCUUCCUGCUCAGCAAGAAGGCUUGCUGAAGAAAGUACUGACCAGGGCAGUCAAAAGGAUGAGGAACUAGAGGUGACAUUUGACUUAAAUGAAUUUAUUGACCUAUGUGACGACAGUGAAAGUACUCUAGUUCAUGAAAGUGCAGGAAAGGAAUACAAACCUGUAGGUAAAGCUUGUCAAUCACUGGGGAUGAACCACAUGGAUUCGGGUUAUAGUAGCUUCACAACUGGGAAAUCACCUGCGUCGUCUGACUUGUUUUAUCUUCCUGAAUCAUACGUGGAUUCAUUUGCGCUUGUGAGACCAUCUGAGGAGCCUUCUUGGUUAAAAGGAAUAUUUUCCCGUGUAAAAAGGUUUUUAUCACAGUCUCCUCCCUCUUUGAAUAAACUUCAUGAUUUUGAAAACAUGAUGAGAAAUGAAGAAAGAGUAUGUCCUUUUCAAAAUGUUAUUUCUGAUCGUUAUUCAGAGAGACUUCAGGACAAAGUCUUUCCCGCAUCCUCAGAAGCUGAUCCUUCACUGCCGCUCUUUGAGAAUCCUGAACUGAAAGUCACCAGUGAAUUGUGUGCUUCUGUAAGUACCCGUUUUUCAAAAACUGUAUUGUCAUCUGAGACUGCUGCUGUUAAAGCCAAAGAGGAACUUCACUGGAAUGACAGCUUUGAUAGUCUGUUUGACAAUGAAGAAUUCACUGAAAUUCAAAAGAAAACUCCAACAAUAAAUCACACUCUGACAAAUACCCCUUCAAAUAAGGAUUUUGUUCAAGAAGAUAAAGAUCUUGAAAUGAACAAGAAAAGUGUAAUUAUUGAUGAAGAGAAGAGUAUACAUUUCUUUGAAGAUGACCACAUUUGUGACACAAAUAAUGAAAGUUUUUCUAUGAGCAACAAGCAUUUAGUCAAGUCAGAUUCAGGUGAGAAUGUUGUUAGGCCAGUUGCAGAGCGAGGCUCCGAGUGGAUUCCUUCAGAGGUGUGCUGCGUGAACGCUGACAAAACCUGCAAGGAGCAGCCAGUAAGCCGUCAAACCACAACCAUGGAGAUGUCGGGUGAUGUGAGCAUGACCGAGCAGUUUCUGGAUAGUGAUGAUCUUUAUGACUGUUCUCAAGAACUGUUUUCUGUUAACUUUGAUCUGGGAUUUUCCGUUGAAGAGUGUGAGAACGAAAUCUUUGAAGAAGCUAUAAAUACUAAUAAAAGCAGAAAAUUAAAUGGUGCCUCAGGGAGUCCUGCAAGUGUUAAAUCCAGUGAAGAUAAAAAAAAUUUACUGAAUAGCUCCAGACUUGAAACAUCGCCAAAACAGGUUUGCGAAAGUCUUGAGAAAAGAGACAUUUCCACACCAUUGCCAUUCCAGAGUAGGAGCAGGAGUGGUAGAGAAGGGGCUGCGGAUCCUACCACUGCAGUGCCUUUCCUGAGGUCAGGAGACAGAAGAACGGGAAGUGCAUCACCUAGAGCUUUGGCUUCUGCACUCUCUACCCCAACAAGUAGAAAGGUUGUGAAUACUGAAUCUAUCAGAAGAAAUCCUAUGAAAGUCUUCUCUAGUACCAAGGAGGAAAUUCCAGAGGUGCCUCUUACAGAUGAAGUAAAUUCAAGCCCACAUAGGCAGAACUUUGGGCGUUCAGCCACGGAUGCUCUUGAUUCCCUUUUAGGAAGGACUGAAAACCUGGAAGACACCAACCUUCAUAGUUCACGUGUGUUUCUUGCUGAAGGAACCAGCAGCGAGAGCGAAGAAGAGAUCGUUUUCCAGAGAAAAAAUAGGAAAAAAAAGAACGUUUUGAAGUCUCCUGAUGUAAAUGACAGUGAUUUUGAAUCGCCAAUUCGUGCCAUCAGAAAACGUCGACACCCGCCUAACAUGUCAGACAUGUCCAGUGAUGACAGCAUGGAUUUCCACAAGACUUCAAGUAGGACCACAAAUAGCAGCUCAGCAGCCCCUAACAAAAAGCAGCUGACAAGUACGAAACGGCAAAAGGUCAAGAGCAAUUUUACAUACAAGAAAGCAGCAAGACAGUUUUUAGAUGAAGAAGCUGAGCUGUCCCAGCAAGAUGCAGAUGGCAUUUCAUCUGAUGAGAGUGACGAUGCAGAGAACGAGCUGAACUCUUCACUUGCUCAAUUCCUGAACGAUGAUGUAGAGGUCACGCAAGUGUUAAAUGACUGUGAGAUGAAAGGAGUUUACCUGAAAUCUGUGCGUAGUCCAGCUCUUGGCAAUAGAUACAAAAUGGUUCAUCGUGAAUUCAACAGCAUGGCGAUUUUCUCACAGAUUCCUGAGCAAGACCAGACUUACGCAGAAGACAGUUUCUGUGUCAGAGAGGAGGAAGAGGAAACUUGCCAAGAAAGUGGAUCUAGUGAGGAGGAAGUGUGUGUUAAUUUUGAUCUCCUAAAUAAUGAGAGUUUUACUAGUGGAAGAAAACAAUACCUUACUCGCCGCAGAAAAAAAUUAAACCAGGCCAGGAUGGAAGAGAACUCCUCUGUCCCAGUGCGAAAGAAACCAUCCCGAAUUAUUGUUCUCAGUGAUUCCAGCGGGGAAGAAACAAGUGUCAGCACUGAGAAGCCCAAGAAAACAGACUGUUUCUGGGCAGAACAGGAAAAUACUAAGUCACCCAAGUCAUUGCCUUCAGUCUCUUCUGCACAGCGCACAAAAAUUGCUGGGGACAUCAGUGCUCAUCAGUCCGUGGAGAGUAAGAGCGAGACGCUUCUCAGCUUGAAAGCAUCAGUAUCUGAAAUGUUGGAUUUUCACCCAGAGCAUCAAGUCAGGAGCACACACUGUCCGCCAGCGGUCACUACUUCUGCUCUGGGGAAAGAGGAUCUCCAGGCUCCCACUGAGCUGGAAAGUUCUUUGAAGAGCACCUGUAGGAGCACUUCAGUUCCAUCUUGUUCUGCUUCCACAAACCCCUCUUCAGCUACAGCUCUGUUUUCACGUGACCCUCUGGAGAAAAAACCUUCACUCUGUAUUCUGGUAGACAGCCGGGAGAUCUCCUCUGGAGCGGAGGUGAUUUCUUCCCUGAAGGCAGUUCACGCAGUAAAGGUGCAGGUUUGCUCGCUGAGCAGCAGCGAUUACAUCGUGAGCAACCGCAUGGCAGUGGAGAGGAAAUUUCUGUCAGAAUUACUGAACUCUGUGAACAGGAAUAAAGUCACCCAGCGGAUCCAGCGCCUGCAGAGCAUGUUCGAGAGAGUAUGUGUGAUUGUGGAAAAGGACAGGAUUAAACCAGGAGAAACGUCACGAUUUUUCCAGAGGACGCAGUACUACGAUGGCGUGCUCUCAGCCUUGGUCCAGGCUGGGGUCCGAAUUCUUUUCAGCUCUUGCCAAGAGGAAACUGCCGGUUUGCUGAAAGACCUGGCUUUGGUGGAACAAAGGAAAAAUGCCGGCAUUUGCGUGCCAACAGAGGUGGAGGGUCACAAACGGGAAAUGCUCAACUUCUACCUGAGUGUUCCUAAUCUGAGCUACCUGGCUGCUCUCAAUAUGUGCCAUCACUUUGGGUCCGUGAAGCAGAUGGUCAACAGCUCCCCGCUGGACAUCGCCACCGGCGCCCAGGUCAGCCCGCAGAAGGCAGAGGAGAUCUACCGCUACCUCCACUAUGGUUUUGAUGUGCAGAUGCUGCCCGAGAACCUCUGUGCUAAGGGGAGAAGCAAUGGAGCUGCCAGGAGCUGAGGGAAGUGGAACUUGGGUUCCAGAGCCCCAGGCUGUUUUCUUCUAACUGCACUUUACUGAGUUUUCAUUCACUGUAAAAUAUGUAAAUAAAUCCUUGCAGAAACAUCAGGGGUU